CCCCCUCCCCCCCGCCUCUUUUGUUUCAAUAUUUAAUUGCAUUUGUUUCGGAAUUACUAGGCAACCCACCCCCAGAUGUGCAGUUUAAAGGUGAUGUGCUUGCAGUGAGAUUUUCAGGAUGUACUCAGCAGAGCACCAUCAUGUGAUACUGGGGUAAGGUGGAGUUCUGCUUUAAGGGGGAGUCUCUAGCCUUCCUCACCAAUCUUUAGGAUCUCAGCUGGAGAAAUACCAGAGAAUGCUUCCCCUUUCCCUACUCCUUCUUCUCCAUCCAGCCUCCCGAGUCAGCCUCUGAGCAGACCAAAGACGGGCAGAGCAGUUGCAAGCCAUGUGGUGAUUAUAAAGAGCCAGCAGAGAUGAGGUGAGCUCAUGACGGCAGCAGCAGUGAGAAGACAUGGCAUUGGCAUGGUCAUCCUUUGGCUGACCCUCAGAAGGAGCUGGAGCUGCAAGCCCAUCCCUCACACACUGGCUCUGCCCUAGGGAGGAGGGAGCUCCAGGUCUGAUCCCCAGCAUGUGGCUGGUUAAAAGAGUGUCUGCCGCCAGUAACAAAGACGAUUCUUCUCCAGAGACUUAGAUGGCACAGAGAUUUCUAUCGAGUAUCAUUUAAGAUCAAAAGCUCACCUAUUCAGGGUGGUGCGAGGAAGAUGCGGCGCUGAGGAGCGGGCUCGGCCCGGGCUCCGCUGCGGGACCGAUGGGCGCGUCCUGAACUCGGAGCGGUCUGGAUGAGAGCGGCGGCGGCGAAGGGCGGCAUCGAGCUGGAAACAACAUGAAUACCUCGGUCCUCGCCCUACUGGGAAAUAUUUCCGGUCACCUGAAUUUUUCAGAGACGAACUCGCAGAUCUUGCAGUUUGAGGACGAGGAUUGCCGUGUGCCUUUGGCCAUGGUCUUCACUCUGGCCUUGGCUUAUGGGACUGUGAUAAUUCUGGGAGUCUCUGGGAAUCUGGCUUUGAUUGUCAUUAUUUUAAAACAAAAGGAGAUGCGCAAUGUUACCAACAUCCUCAUUGUCAAUCUAUCCUUUUCUGACCUCCUGGUGACCAUCAUGUGUCUUCCCUUUACCUUCGUGUAUACUUUAAUGGACCACUGGAUUUUUGGGGAGGCCAUGUGCAAACUGAACCCUUUUGUGCAAUGUGCCUCCAUCACUGUCUCAGUCUUUUCUUUAGUCCUCAUUGCUGUUGAGCGCCAUCAGCUGAUCAUCAAUCCCCGUGGCUGGAGGCCGAACAACAAACAUGCUUACAUGGGGAUUGCUGCCAUAUGGAUUUUAGCCACAGCUUCCUCUUUGCCUUUCCUGGUCUACCACGUGUUAACAGAUGAGCCCUUUAGAAAUGUAACAUUUGAUGAAUAUAAAGACAAAUAUGUGUGCUUGGACCUGUUCCCCUUGGACACUGCCAGGCUUUCUUAUACUACAACACUUUUGGUGAUUCAGUACUUUGGACCACUCUGUUUUAUAUUUAUUUGCUACUUGAAGAUAUACAUACGGUUGAAAAAAAGGAACAACAUGAUGGACAAGAUGAGAGACAGUAAGUACAGAUCCUCUGAAACCAAAAGGAUCAACAUCAUGCUGAUCUCAAUAGUGGUCGCAUUUGCAGUUUGCUGGCUGCCUCUCACCAUCUUCAAUAUCGUGUUUGAUUGGAAUCAUGAAAUUCUGCCUGUUGCUACCUGCAGCCACAACCUGUUGUUCCUGAUUUGCCACCUCACUGCCAUGAUUUCUACCUGUGUGAAUCCCAUCUUCUACGGGUUUCUCAAUAAGAACUUCCAAAGGGACCUGCAGUUUUUAUUUCAUUUUUGUCAUUUCCACUCCCGUGAGGAGGAUUAUGAGACUAUAGCCAUGUCCACCAUGCACACAGAUGUUUCAAAAACCUCUUUGAAACAGGCAAGCCCAGUCACAUUUAAAAAAAUAAAUAGUGAUGAUGAUGAAAAAAUAUAAAGGAGUAAUAAAAAUUCCAUACCAAACUGCUUGAAGUGUGAUUGCAGGUGAAAUGUGUCCAAGGACAAGUGAAAUUACAUAACAAGUACAAAACGAGUAAUGUUUUUCUUCCUUUUCCGAGGAACUUUGAUUGUUGUCACUUUGAAAUUAUAUGCUGUGCAUUUUUGCCCCUUUUACUGCUUUAAUGUUCACAGAAGUUGUAUCUGAAUUUUAUUAUAAGACAGAGUUAGACCUGCUACUACCUAUGGUUUUCAUCUGCUGUCUUUUGUUCUGUUCUCUUUGUACAGCUAUGUGCUUUAGCAGAAAGGUUUAUUUAUUGAUUAUAUUUUUUCAAAGAAGUAGUUUUCAGGAGUGUCUAUCUAAGACCAUAGAAACAACAUGAACCACAGGGACACUGUCACUACAGAGGACACCCACCAAAGAAUAAAAUUAGGAAAUUCUGAUUCGAAGAGUAGUUUCUUUCUUUUUUAAUUCAGCUUUUGAUUGAUGUUAAAAUCCUCUAAAAUCAGUGUAGGCAUGCAAAAAAAGGAUUCUGUGAGACCUGUAGAAUAUGUUUAAAUGGUGACGUACAGUUUUCUAAUUCACAGUGGAAAUUCAGGCUAUGAUCACUUAGUUUCAAAGAAAGGAUUAAGAAAGAAAUUCUGUUUUUAUUUACAAGAAUAAAACCCUAUAGUAAUGCCACAGUGCACAAUGUGAUAACUCUGAUGCUUCACCACAGCAAAUGAAAACAUAAAUGGGCCUUCAGUCCCAACUGAUUAGAGCUGGUUUUAAUAACACAGGCUUUUUAAUUUAAAAACCCUAAACCCCAUUUUCAUCUGCCAUCACUGACAGGAGUUAAGUGUUGCUGGGAUGAAAUAUACCAUCUGUCCCUGGCCUAUGAACCAUGUAAACUUUCCUUGAGACCUAUGUCCAGAAUCUAAAAGGAGAUGGGACUGUUCACUGUAUGGGCAAGGUGCAAUAUCAUCCUUGCUGGUGACAGUGAAAAUCAGGUCUGGUAUUAAAAAAUAUAAGCUUUAGCUACCUGAGUCUUUUCAUAGUAAUUAGUGUUGACCUAUAUAAAUCAUGUAUAGCCUCAAAAUAUUCUGUGUUCAGAUGCAGUGGCAUAAACCCGGAUAAUCUCAGUCUUAAGCUGUGCCAGGGGAGGUUUAGAUUGGAUAUUAGGAAGAAAUUUUUUACAGAGGGAAUAAUCAGACAUUGCAAUGGGCUGCCCAGGGACGUGAUGGAUUCACCGUCCCUGGAGGUUUUUAAGCUGAGACUGGAUGUGGCACUGAGUGCCAUGGUCUAGUAAUCAUGGCAGCAUUGGAUCAAGGGUUGGACUUGAUGAUCUUGGAGAUCUUUUCCAACCUGGUUGAUUCUAUGAUUCUAAUAUCGAAGACAAUGGAUGGUUAAAUCAAGAUCUGCAAAACUUAAAAGAAGGAUAUGGAUAAAGUUUGGGUAUAACUGAUAUGCUUAGCUUCCAAACUCACAGUUUCCACAUUUGGUUGAAGUAUGGAAUUACUUGUCAAAUAUAUACAAUAGAGCUCUGUGUAUUACUGCUUAAAGUACGUAUCCUCUAAUUGCACAAAGUAUUCAUGACUAGAUCCCCAGUUGAGGGAAACCCACAUAACUUGACUGCUGUAAAUGAAAUUACAACAAUAUUAGCCAGCUGAGGUUCUGUGUCAUACAGUGUACUUUGCUGUAAAAUCAAGGUCUUUCUGAAUAAUCAGCUUUUUAAAAUACAAUAUAGACCCUACUUUCUUUCAAGAGGAUCAUUUGAAAUCAUUAUGGCAGACAAGAGGGUCUUUAAAAUGGAUAUAAAUGUAAAUGCAGCAUGAAUGGAAAUCUGACUUGAUACAUUUCUGAGCAAAAAGAUCUCAGGAUGUUAUGGUGAAUUUAAUGUGUUCUAAAUUUGACAUAGAUAAAUGCCUAAGAAAUUAAAAUUAUUUGGGAUGCCAGAAUUUAAAAGUAAAACACUAUGUCUUGUGCUGUCUUAUAAAUAGUGUAGAAUAUUAAAGUAGCAAUGUGUUCUUGUGCAUUAUAAUUCCAUGUAUUUCUCUACUGGAAGAUAAUUUAAUUUAAAAGGUUUCUGUGCUUGAGAACAGAGAUGGAAUGUAGAAAAUUAAUUAUAAGACAGAAGUUUCUUUCAGAGCUUUGGCCUUUUGUAUUUUAUGAGAUUUCCUUUUUCUUUGCGGUUCUCUGUGGUAUGUGUUGCUAAUAAUUUGACAAGGGUCUCCCAAAAUUAUUUCCCUCUCACUUUGCAACAAUUUUCACCUUCUAAACGAUGUGUAGUUUCACAGUGAGAUACAAUGUAGAAAAACAGCCUUUUUUUAUAUAUUAAGAAUGUCACAGUGGGUUUUUCCCAUUACAAAAAGAAUCACUAUGAAUUUUUGAAUUUUACAUGCUUUUUUCCUUUUUUUUCCCUUUUUUUUUUUUUUGAAGCUCUUUCUUUCAAUAGAGUGGAAGAAGAAAAUUCAAUUAUUUGAGAAACUUUCCAAUUAGUUUGCUGGAAAUUUUCGAUCAGUCUGAAUUAGGUGUAUACAGAGUAGGUUUUGGAGCAACUUCAGAGGAGCCUGCCAGUGUUCAGGGACCUAAAACAGGUGUGUGCUAAAAUUUGGAGAUCUUCAGUGGGAUUGCAACAUAUUUCUUCCUAUGUCAGCAUUUCUCCUGCUUGAGGUCCAAUCUCAAAUCCUGCAGCCCAUCUGAUACUGUCAUACUGUCUCCUGAGAAUGUGUCAGGUGUUUUUUCCCUCCCAACACCUGAUAAACAAGGUGAACUGCAAGUGGGAGGAUUCCUUCUGCUCAUCUUUGUUAAGCUCAGGAGCCAUUUUUCCUCUGCACUGCUGUCCUAGAAUCAGGCUUAUAUUGUUUCCUCACUUCCCUGCAAGAAGCCUUUCUGAGGCUCCGCUAAGGACGCAGGCUGGUGCAUUGUCAUACAAAUAGCACAGUGUGCUCUGCCUCAAACGACAGUGUAAAGGAAUACAGUGUAAAGAGUGUCCAGCAGGAAAAUGCAUUUGGAGAAUUUCAGAGUCAAAAUCAUUGCUCUUCUGAAGAAUUUAUUAUGAGAUAAAAGUAGUCUCUCUGAGGUGCUGACCUGACAUCCGCAGGGCAUAGAUCAUAUCUACUGAGAGCAGUAUUUUUGUCCUUGUAUUCGUGACUUGAUGCUGGAGUUCUCAAAAGCCUCUGGAGACUUUUCCCUCCCAACAACCAGAGGAUCAACAUUGAUCCUCUCUUUUAUUUUCGUGCUCCAGCAUGGCUUCUCAUCCUCUAUAUGCUAAAUUUCUUUACAGGGUAAGCUGCUGAGUUUCACGUUUCACUAUAAUUUUUCAGUCAUUCUGGUUUGAUAUUUAUUUCUCCUAUGUGCUGUCUUGUCAAACAUCCCACAUUUCAGCACAUGGCGAUUCCUAUCUCAGAAGCCUGAAAAUCCCUUUUAUUCUUUCAGACUGGUAGAGAAGUUUUACUGACAGAAAAUCAGAACAGUGAGUGAUCUAUAACGUAUCUUAUUAUUUAUGUGUCAUACAUUUCAUGUCAAAUCUACAGCCUUAAAUGACAAAUGGAACUAUUUAAUAAACAUUAUUAUCUGCUUCAUUUAUCUGUUAUUUUAGCAUCUUAAACUUCAGUUUUAUUGGCCACAGACAUUUAAAGCUUCUGCAUAAUCUAAAUAAACCAGCAUAUAAAUGUAAUGUUAAUAAAUACUUCUGUAUUCCCAUAUUGGUUUUUUUUCAACAUAUCUCUUCAUUGUGUCAUUGUCACUACGUAUGGUAAUUCGCAACUUUCACAUCAACAGUAAAAAAAAGGAUAAUAAUAAAGGAAGCAAUUAAUUGGCAAUAAUACCUGCCUUUGGUAGGCCAGGAAAGAACUGGAUAUUAAAAAAAAAUAUAUCUAUAUGUGUAUAAUCAACCCUGUUUUUAUCACUAUAUAAAGAAAUCAGAUUUAAACUAGGAAAAGGAAUCAACUUGACAGGACCCCCCAGAUCUCUUGAGCUGAUGCUGACUGUAUCUCAUCACUGAUGAAAGUGUGAAGGGUAAGGAUUCAUACAUUCUGACUCUGUGGUCUUGGACUACAGUUCCAGCUAUUAUGAAUGGAUCCUAAAGGCAUAAUGAUACUGAUUCAUAUUCAGACUGUAAAUCAGCAUAUGUUUAAAUCCAGGCCUGUAUAUCAAGUUCUCAUUCUAACCCCAGGAAAGUGUUCUCAGAUCAAUGAAACUGAAAAAUUUGCUUAGAGUUAACCAUUUGCCUAGGCACUCUACUGAAUAAAGGUACACUGUUGGCUGGCAGCUCACACUCUUUCCUAAAAAUCAGAUUUUGGAUAUUAGCUUAUUAUAGAAAUAAAUUAAUGGCAUAUAGUUGUUUGGCUUUUUUUUCUGGAUUGUUCUAUGGAUUUUUUUUCUGGGGUACAGUGCCUGAUAAUGGUUCAUUUUAAAGUUUUCCUUCCUAUUUCUUUCUAUCAAAGAAUUUACUGAACUAGUGCAUAGAGAAUGAAGACAAUAAGGAAACGGUUUUUCUUUUAUUCUUAUUUUUAAAGCAUAUAUAACAGUAGGAAACAAGAGCUUAAAUAACAUCUCUUGUUUGCAACAGAUUACAUUCACUCAGCUGAGUGGAAAGGGGAGAGAAAUAACAAUUAUAACAAAACAAUAAAUUUUGUUGAUAGUCAUUUCUCAGUUGAAGGAUAUGUACAACUCCAAGAUCUACCAUGUCAUCUUCAUUCUUGUGUUAUUUAAUACGUGGUAUCUGCUUCCCUGAGUCAUUACUAAUUAGUCAAGUCAUUACUAAAGUUGAUAUGAAAGAAAAUUCUUUUCUUCUAUCCAGGUUUUGCAGAAUUUUAAAUGUUUGAGUAUUACAUGCAAGAGGAAAAAGUGUUACCAGCUUUAGUCUCUAACACUUUAAUUAACCUCUGAUCAGAAAUUACUUCUAUUCAGUAUUUCUGCCCAUGCAAAAUACUGUUAAUGGCCUAGUUGAAGGUGAUAUUUCAAAUAUUAGGGAGUGCAUUCACAAAGACUGACUUUAGCUGAAGGAUGGCAGCUUUACUGGUCUCCUCCAGAGGAAACCAGAAGGCAUUCACACCUACACUACUCUGGGUGCUAUGAAUCUACCAAAAUGGCUUUCUCUCCGUUAUCAAUAUGGACUGCUAAGGGACAGCCAGCUUCCAGGGCCAGCGCUAGGCCUGGUGACUACUGCUUCCCUUCCUCCACCUUACAUGAUGCUUCUGCUCUCACUUCAUAUUUCAUCCUCUUGAUGGCUGCUUUCUGAGGAAGCUGUACGAAUUUGUACUCUGAUUUUGUGAGUGCCUGAAUAUAUGGUAAAAAUCAACUCUAUUCAGGGCAGUGCUUUAAAUAGUUUCUUUCAUUAAAAUUAUCUUCCGGCAAGUUUCUGGUAGGCAAGUUUCUCAAAAUUUAGAAGUACAUAAUCUAGAAAACUUAUGUAGGAUAUAUGUUCAUACAGAACAUCCAGCUCAUUGCAGCAAAACUGACAGCACAUACAGUCUUGUGUUUUCCAAAUAGAUGAGGUGAUGAUCUGGUUAUUGACAUAGGUCACGCUUAGUUGCAAGAAAUUUGCACCAGAUGCAAAUGUGUUUGAGACUGAUGCACAGGAGAGGGUCUGCAUGGUAAACUAACAUGCCACAUAUUAUGCAACAUUUCAGAUAUACAGGGAAAUAGAUAGUUUGGAAAAGAGCCAAAAAGCAGAUUUAGAUGAAGCCUUGAUGCCUUUUGCCAAAUAUGAACAAAAAGACUUGAAGUCAGACAUUAUUUAAUUUGAGGGCCAACAGACUGACAGGUAAAUGCUUUUUUGAGCACAGUGGUGGUCAAAAAAGUAUGUAUGUUAAACAGGUUCUCUGCUCCCGUUUCCUGAAAAAGGAUAUAAAAUUAUAAAUUACUCUGAAAAUAUAAGUUUUUAAGAUUCUUCACCUUGGAUUAAUCUAGAUCUCUUUUUGAGACAAAGGAAACAAAAUGUUUUUGGCAAUUGAAAAAUAACAGCUUUUCAUUGUGCCCCCCCCCCCCACUGCACAAGAGUCCGUUUGCUUCCACUUCUGCACAACAUGGAGAAGGUUUGUUUAUGGCAGGAGUAACCUGAUCAACAAAGCCCCUCUUGUCUCUCUUGGCUCAUGUCCACACUGAUACUGUGCUACUGUUUUUCACUUUGCAAUCUCCCCCCCCCCCCGCCUCCCCCAAGCUAUGACAUUUUUAUUAUUCUAUUUAUAUUGUUUCUUUAUAAAAGCUGUCUGUGAAAGGAUGUCCUUGAAAGAUCCUAUUUGAUGUGUGCUUGAACAUAUGGGUAAGAGGCCACAUAGGACUUGUACAAAUGUGACUGACAAUGUGGUGAUGUGUCAGCGGACAGACAAGUUGAAAACGUAUUUGUUGCAUACUGUUAUUCAGCCCUUUUCAACUAAAGUUUUUGUUAUAAUUUUAAUUCAUGUAAUCUAAAUAUCAGUUAAGCUUAUGUAUCUAGCCUUUCAUCUUGAUGAUCAGCCUCCAGAGACAUUCAGCAAGAGGAGACACUGGGUAACCCAGUGUAUUCCUUACUUAGCUUUAUUGACUCUAAUUGUUGCAUAUAAGCCUCUCCUUUUUGUACUAUACUUGAAGAUAUAUAUGCAAAAGUGUUCCCUUCUCUCUCUUCAAGACUCUUCAAGUAAAAGCUGUAUAAUUAAGAGAUAUAAUAGAUAGGACUGGUUUAUCUUUUCUGAUUUUUAUUUCCAUUAUUAUUAUGACUGUAAAGUUUGAGGCUCUUCAAUUAAGCCUUGACUUCUUAUCAGUUUGGGCACUGGGGUAGUCUCCUGGAUGACAGUUGCCGUGCAUAUGGCUAAACAGGUGCUGAAGUAAGAGCCUUGAAGCUUGACCUAAAACAUUGCAUGGUUAAUGAAAAGCCUCCAUUGACUUCAAUGAGCUUAGGGUAGGGUAUUUGAUUCAAGUGACACUGAAGUGAGAUAUAUGUCAGAACAUCGGCUUCCUAGAGAGGGCAACAGGCCGUAAGAAGUGACAUUAUCUACCCGUGUAGACUCAGCAGAGACACAAUUCCUUAGUCAUCCAUGUCAGUCCAAGGGGCAUAUCAAAAAGUCAUCUUCAGCUGGUACUUAUACUAUGGUUAUCCUCUUAAGUUCUUCUGUGAGUUUUACUCUGAUUUUUUUUUCUGGUCGCAGUUACAAGUUAAAUGUACCAAGCUACCUGGCUUACUGAUUUAAACCAAUUUGCUUCACAGAAAAUUGAAGAUGACACUAGCAAUUCUUCACUACUAAAAGUGGGGGCUUUGUUUAUUAUUAUUAUUAUUAUUAUUAUUAUUAUUAUUAUUACUAUUAUUAUUGUUAUUAUUAUUAUUUCUGCUUUUUUUCACUUUGUAAAAAAUAACAAAACAAAAAAGAUCACUAACAGCCAGACAGCAUAGUUUAUUUUACAUCUGAGAUUCACUUCAGUCAGUAAGGAAUCUCAGCCUUCAGCACAAUCUGUGGAUUUACCUUGUAGAGGUGCUCCUACAGCAGAAACACCAGCAAUCAUGAAUAAAACCACUGCAAGUAGUUGCUUAAAUACAAUUAUCUUCCAAAUUAGAUAAGGGCACCUUUAAGUCAAUAUAUAGAAACUUGAAUUAAAAUAUUAAUGGUUUUGUGUUGGAAAUGAUGCUUUCAAAUAACCACAUGACCUCAUGAAAUUAUAAAGCCUGAGCCUGACCUCAUUCAUGUUAGUCAAAUGCUGUGAUAACAUCUCUGACAUUGUUCAGAAGGUUAUGGUGUGGAUGAGGCAGGUAAAUGAGAUCAAUUUGUGAAGCUGUCAGAUUGGUUUUUUAUACCUAUAGAUUUUAUGUUACUAGGGUUAGGAUAACAUAAGGAAAUGAAGUACCUUUUUUUUUUAAUUCCUUGAUAAUUUUCACUCAGACCAAACAGGUUUGCUAAAGCUUUCUAAGGCUGAAAUGGUAUUGGAUUAGCUGAGUACCUGUUAUUUAAGUAAGUUUGUUCUUUUAAGCCGGACAUACAUGUAGGUGUUACCAUCUGAAGCCUUAUUUUCUACACAGUAGAAUAUAGAUACGUACGUUUACUAUCACAUAUAGAAGCAUUUUAAAAUGCCGACUUCAAGUGAAUUUUAUAUAUUUAUAAAAAAACCCCUAAACAUUCAGCAGUUCUUAUGUUCAGAGAAUGUUUGUAGAAGAAACAAACCAAGCUGUGACAGUUGUCCAGCUGUGCUGACUGUGCAGUUUGUUUUGGCAGAAGGGUUUUGGUUUAUCUGACCAUGGGACCCUGUCUGAGCAUCAGCAUCUGCUUGGAAGACAUGGGAUCCACCUCACUAAGUGAAGCAAAGGUAUCUUUGCCAGCAGGAUGUCUGACUUGCUAAGAAGGUCUUUAAACUGGGAGUGAUGUGAAAUGAAGAGUAUUAUCAGCAGCCUGUAAGGGAAUGAAGGACAGGACUGUCAAGCAAAGGGCCUGGGGUGGUGCAAGUAAAGGCAAAGGUAAUAAAGAGCGAAAAUGAGGUCACCUUAAGCAUUUGCAGUUAAGCAAGGAAGUGCCUACAAGAUACCAAUUUGCAAAAAAUUCACAGACCCUUUCUGGGAAAAUGGCACGUUGAAGUGUCCCUCAGAAGAGCCACUCUCAAGUGCCUGCACACUAAGUGUGUGCAGCAUGGGCAAUAAAUGUAAGUAGAGAACUGUGUGGGAUUGCAGGGCUGUGUUCUUGCUGGAUCAUGGCAGUGUAGUGGAAUGGCUCCUGUGACUGUAAUGUUGCAAUGGAGGGAUACAGGCCCUUUAGGAAGGACAGGAUAUGAAGAUGAAGAGGUGGAAUUGCCCUUUAUGUGAGAGAGCAGUUAGAGUGUAUGGAGCCAUUCUGAGGAUGGAUGAGGAGCCAGCUAAGAACUUAAGAGAGAAGAUUAAACAGCACACCAGUGUGGAUGACAUUGUAGUGGGUGUCUGCUACAGGCUGCCUGAUGAGGGAAGCAGUAGAUGAGGCUAGAAGAAACCUCAUGUUCACAGGCCCUGAUCCUUGUGGUGGACUUUAACCACUCCUGAUACCUGUAGGGCAUAAGUAAUCCAGGAUUCUUGUUCCCGCAGGACAUCGAUGGAAAUUUCAUGACAAUGAUCAUAGAGAAAUCAGCACUUGCAAAAAAGGAAGAGCUUGUCAGGGCUGUGAAGACUGAAGGCACUAUUGGUGCAGUUCUGUACUCUUACAAGUUUGGGGAAGAUUGGGAGCUAUGCAGGGAAAAGCAUUUUUAUCAAUGCCUGAGUAAGGUAAAGAAUAGAAACCCUACUCCGGCCUGCUAUGUUUGGCAGCAGCAAUCUGAUUGGUAUUAUCUGGGUGAUAAGUACGCUCUUAUGUCCGAGCUAGGCAGUGCAACUUGGGAAGGAGGACUAUGGGGCCCAAGAGUUAUAGAGCACAACCAAGAGUUGUGGUAAUGCAGUAUUAGCCUGCAUGGAAAUACGAGGGGAGACCUGAGGCAAAUUUGGUGGGCUGAAACCAGGCCAUAGAGAUAUGGAAUCCAAAUGUUAGUAAUUUUAUUAUUUAGAAUAACCUAUGAUAGGAAAUGUGUGACAAUUAUCAUAUAUGACAAUUAUGACUUUCUAGGCCAAGCUAUAGUACAUGUGUUUAUCAAGAUUUUUGGGGCAUUUUUAUUUUUUAAAUAAAGCUCACAAUUAUUUGGAUAGUUAAAUCCAGUAUAGCAUGGUUCCCAUGUUAGAGAGAGAACUUGUCAGUGAAGGUGCUGACAGUACAAAUUAUUCUUUUUCAACUCUAAAGCCAUCUGAAUUUGAAAGAGUUCUGAUUGCUCUAAUAUAGUUUACUUACUAGGUACAAUACAUUUUUUUAAAAAAGCUACAGAAGAAGCAGUGUUUCUGAUGAGUAUAUAAGCCAUGCUACUCACUUUAAGUAAAGACACACAACUGUUAUUCAUACAUUUUAACUAAAAAUUGGUGUUAGCCCUGUCACACUGGGUAUUGCCAUUUGACUUCUUGCAUGGUUUUCUUAGAAAUGCAGUGAUUCAUACAAUGACUAUGAUUGCAGCUAGGCAAAAAAGAAAAAGGAGCCAGACAAAACCUUUCUGCUCAGAAAGUACAGUUUACAUGAUUUCUUAAAUCAUCUCCCCACUCCAUCAAACACCUCUCCAACCCAUAUUUUUAGUUCAGGGUAGCAGAGAGAGAGUUUUGAUGCUUUAAAAAUCUCACUGAAGGCUUCUACCCAUACUGACCCAAUCUGAAAGACGUGCUGAUUUUUCAGUGCUCUCUGGAGGAAGAUCUCUGCUAGGAGGAGUAUUUAAUUGGACCUCAAACUACUCUGCUACUGUGCCCUAUAGUUAGCCAGAAUUCAAGAUCAGAUAAGACUGCUUUAAUUAGACAGAAGCUGAGAUAAACAUGUUCUUUAUGAAAUGUUAUUUAGAAACACCUUUUAGACAGUACUGUUUCCAGAACAACAGGAAACUUGUCGUAAGACAAGUUCCAAGCGAGCCUGGGUUUAAGAAACACUAUCUCUGCUUCCUUUCAGUGCUGUGUUUGCAACUCUCUGCACUGACCCUCUGCGUUCACAUCGCAAGCAGUCAAUGUUGUAAUCACAGAAAUGACGAUCACACAGACCUCUUGUUGGUAUGGUACAAGAUUAAGCAAUCCCUCUUCCCACCUUUCUCUUUUCCCACACCUACACCUCACAAUCACUUGUCACACUGAAGGGUAAAUUAAGCUGCAGCAUAGAUCCAGCUUAAGAACAAUAAACCUAAUAAUAAAGAAGGGAUUUGAAUGAGGGAAUUGGUCCCAUUUAUAAGCUGGUUACACAAACACUUGUUCUGGUGUGAAGGGCAGAGGUUAGUGGGAGGAAUGAGUGAAUGACUAAGGAUGAGAAUGCACAGUGCUUAGGCUGGCAUGGCCACAUAAAAUGUUAGUCAAACUAUGCCCUAACUCUGUAAUAAGGAAAAUACCUGUUAAUCCAUCAGAGUUAGCUCUGACCUGCUAUGAGGACAACUAUUUUGGGUGGCCACCAUUGUGUGAACAGCUGGUUUUGCCAAACAAAAAGACUUGGUUGGAUUUUGCCUACAGCUCGAGUGCUUUCUGCUUUAAAGGAGUCUGCUCUUGUCUCAGGAUUUAAGCUUUGCGUUCUGACAACUAUUAUUGCCUUUCCAUAUAGAAACACUUUUCAUGCACACUGUGCUGUAGAAGCUGUUAACUCUGUUCCAAGAAACAUAAUAAUCAUGAAAGUAUGUAUUUUAUAAUAAAUUCUACAACCAUGUGAGUGAUACAUGGUGUGGGUCUUUGGAAUCCAGAAGCUGCUAUUUCUGUAUUUGCUUUUUUCUUCACCUGGAAACUGCGUGGAAGAGACAGAUUUUUGCAGGGCUACAUUCAAGUAGUAAAGAAGAAGUUACACCUCUGAGUCUACAGAACUGUAUUCAGGAAACUGCUGUAAUCAAGAUUCUGUUGAUUCUAUAAUUCUAUGAAUAGGCAAAGCAAUAUCAUUUGCCCUGAUACUUAAGCUUUCUCCAAACAUGUUGUAGUAUGCCAGUAGGUUCAAACUGUCUUGCUUAAAUGAAUGUGGGACACUUUUACCAGCAAUUGCUGUGUUGAAUCACUGUGAACUUUGAUUUUCAACUGACUUUCAAAGUUUUAACUUAGAGGGAUCUGAUUUGAUUUAGCUAAGCUUGACUUAUGAAAUCAUAUAUGACUCAGCCUGUAUCCCCCCUUGUAAAGUGCUCAGAGACUGUGAUAUGCUCAGAUAUGGGAUACUAAUAAAAUGAUAGAGCCUAUUUACUAUGUUCACUGAGGCUGGUUUGUGUCAAAUAUUUGUUUGAACAGCAGCAUUUUCUUGAAAGAGAGAUAUAACAACUAAACUCUCAAAUAUGAAAUUGUUUUAACUGAGGUUCAGUGCAGUCCCUAUUAAUAUCCAGUCUGGAGAUCUUUUAGCUGAGUAUUAGCAAUUAAUUGCAAGGACAUAUAUCUGGAUUAUACAUUGCAGAUUUUGCAUGUAAAUGUGUAAUAAAUGCAUAUAAAUCCAUUAGAUGUAUUGGAAAGAUUGCUUUGAAUAAAGUGACUGAAAUAAAAA